AUGAGGCUGCUGGCCUGGGCAGCGCUCGUCGGCGCCCAGUGGACCUACCCCGUCCCGCAAGCGCCGACGAGCCCCCCGGAGCUGUCCAACGCGACGACCACCGGCAUGACCGUGACCUGGGAACCUACAAUUGAAAGCGAGUCCUACGCCGUCGACGCCUACCGCGUCGAGGUGCUCUCGCUGCAGGAGCGGCACAAGGGCUGGCAGGUCCUGGACGACGCCGUCGAGGAGGCCCGCACGAGAAACGAGGUGCAGUUCAUCAACGUGCGCGUGGACCGCGGUUCAAGGGUAAGUGGCGGCGGCUUCUGGCUCUACCUCGCGUACGACGGCAUCCACCCCAUCGACACGGACCACAAGCAGGCCGUCACGCCGGAAAUCCCCUGGGACGCGUCUGCGGCGCAGAUGAAAAGCGCAUUAGAAGCAUUAGACACGGUCAACGUCGUGCAAGUUAGACGCUGCGACGCCUCGUUUUUACCGAACAAGGACCUCACAGGGACGGGAGCCGAGGCCUGGGUCGGGCGCUGCCCCUUCGGCCAUUUAGGUGGAUACACCUGGGUCGUCGAGUUCGAGCGGCCGCGCGCGGAGAUGGACGAGGCCUGGUCCGGAGCGUACCCCCGUGCUGUCGAACUCGCACGGGACGGCUGGAACGAGCGCCUCCAGAAGGACGUGAAAAGCGCGCAAGAAGCGGGCCGCAUGCCCCUCAUCAGUGUCUGGAAGGAGACGAUCUCGCUGCGAGACGGGUACAAGUGGUCGGGGCCCGGCGCCGGUAUCGAGGUCUGGCGCGCGUCGAACUACCAGCCGUGCGGGUCGGCCGAGUGGAACUACCACGAGCUGAACCUGGGCCACGACUUUGAUAAGCCCAUGCCACCCCCACCUUUAUGUACGUAUCGGGCCGAGAAUUUGAAAAGACCGGGCGGGUUGUAUGCUUUUCGCAUCUCGGCCCACAACGCGGCGGGCUGGUCGCCGCCCUCGCAGCCGUCUUCAUAUAGACGCCUGGACGCCGUCGAGCCGCCUCCUAGACCAAUCGCGCCGGUCUGGGCCGUGCCGAGCGACGCCCGGUUCAGGCAAGGAUCGGCCACUCUAUACGCGUCGCGGCCCGACCAGACGGAGUCCGAGUUCGCCGCGCCGGCGGCGGCUUUUGAUGUGCAGUACAAGUAUGAGGGAGACGACACCUGGUUGGAUGGGGGAAGAGUGACCGCCGACGAGAGCGGCUGGGCGGCCCGGACCAUUGAUGAUUUGGAUGUGGAGCGAAAAGUUGUCGCACGUGUCCGCGCGAGAAAUGCGGCCGGUUUGAGUGCCUGGUCGGGCGCCUCGCCGCCGGGCCACGUGACGCGCGACGCGCGGCCGCCGCCGCCCUCGAAGCCCGCUUUGGAACUCGAUGGAGACGAGAUGCAGGUCCGGUGGCUGCCGGCCGCGGCGGGCACGACGAACGCGCGGCGCUUCUCCCUAGAAACGCAGGCCUGGCGCGGCCACGGCUUCUCCACGCCGGACCAGUGGGAGCGUGCGGACAACUCGAUUAGCAUCGUGGAGACGCCGCAGAGCGACGAGGUCCAGACCGUGACGUGUCGGGUGGAUGGCACGUUUCGGUUGCGACUACCGGUCAAAGGGUCCUACGACACGGGCACGAUCACGACGGAUUUGCACAGAGGGAGCCUGGCGGGCGACGUCGUGCGGGCGCUGGAAGGGCUCGAUGCUGUGUCGCAAGGGAGCGUGUCCGUGCGGUUAAUAUCCCCGGGCAAGUGGCGCGUCCACUUCAAGGACCCCGAUGCCAUCGCUGGAGAAGACUUGAGGGCGUCGAACGUGUUCCCCCAAUUAUUGGGAGAGUCCGUGCGCACGUCUGAAAAAUGGAAUAGGCAAGAGCAGGGCCCCGAGGUUCUGAUUGAGAGGACGUCGUUAGCUUCUUCCGAAAUUUUGAAAGAGAGUCUGGAAGCAAGGGUGCGCAACCUCGAACCGCACACGCACUACCGAGUUCGCGUGAGGGCCUUCGUUGAUGAGGAGGGAGGCGAGUGGUCCGAGCCGAGCGACUGGCUCCAGACUCCUGACGCGGCGCGCGUCUACGAAUUGUCCGGAAGGAGUAAAGUACGGGCCGCGGACGGCACGUCGCACGCGCGGACGGCCGUCGAUUACCGACCUGCCUUAGCUAAUGACCCCGACUACGUGCAAGGCGCCGCUGUUGGAGGUAUCGGCGUGUCAGGAUGGAAUUCGGCAGAAAAUGAUGGAGAUGGUGGAGGUGGGUUAGUAGUGAUAGCGGCCUACACGGGCCUCGCCGCGCAUCCGAUCCCGCACAGCCGCCAGGUCUUCUUCGCGUCGCGCGUGGCCCAGACGUACGCCGUGCCGUCCCGACAUUCGGGGCGGCCCGGGGCGCGGCGCGUGAUCGUCAAGGCCUGGGGUGGUGGGGGCGGCGGCGCGGGGGCCGGGCGCGGCGAGCAGAACAAAACGUCGCGGGCGACCGAGUCGCAGACCGACUACAUCCAACGCGAUAGGUUCUGGGGCCGCGGCGGCGGCGGCGGCUUCGCGCGGGCUUCUUUAUCAGUGACGCCGGGCGACGCGCUGGAGAUCCUGGUCGGGGGUGGAGGUGGUGGAGCGGUAAGAGGCAAACCCGGUGUUGGUGGGUGGCACGGCGGUGCGAGUGGCGGCGCGGGCGAGUGGGGCGGCGGCGGCGGCGGCGGCAUGUCCCUGGUGAGGUUGAAUGGCCAGACGAUGUUGGUCGCAGGCGGCGGCGGCGGCGGCGGCGCGACGGACUACUGCUGCGCGCACGGCGGUGGGGGAGGUGGUAUGGUGGGAGGCAACGGCUCGGCGCCAGGAUUGGAGACGCCCGUGGACAUCGCCCCCUACAACGCGAGGCGCCACGAGCACUCGGCGGUCGAGGGCGAUCCGAGUGGCACGUCGGUCCACGAUCGCGACGGGCGCGACCCGCGAGAUUUAGAAGGUAAGCCGGCACGACACAGACAUUUAGAUUUUGGUAUGGCCCCGGGCGCGGACUAUUCGUCCUUAGCGACGGGCGGUACCGGCGGUGCUAUGGAAGGUGGCCGACCUGGGAAAAAUGGCGCCUACGAAGUCUCGUCGGCGGGCGUAUUAACGGACGCAGGAACGGGCGAGGUUAUGAUUCAGACGCUCGACAAGCCCGCGGACCAGGACGCAUCUGUUGGGUUACGAUAUAAGGGCGGCAAGGGCGCCGCGGGCAAGGAGGGCGGCGGCGGUGGCGGAGGCGGCUUCUACGGGGGCGGCGGCGGCGGCGCGGGCGUCGACGCGGGGGGCGGCGGGGGCGGCUCGGCUUUCGUGAACGAGUCCCACGUGUCGCUUCAUCAAGAUUACGUGUGGGGUGCGCAACGGCCGCCGCAACCGUUUGUGGUGGACGCGAAUCAUACCGCAGUCAGCUUACAAUGGCCCAUGAAUGAUUUUGCGAGAACCUUCCUCGCGGAAAGAUACCACGUGGAGAUGGCGCUGGGCAUCUCGCUCGAGUUCCAGCUCGUCGGGGUCUACAAAAUUGAACAGGGCGGUGCUUCCGUAGGCGGCCUGGACCCGGAUACCACUUAUCGCUUUCGUUUGAGAGGCGCGAACCACACGGACACGUCCCACGCGGGUCAGUUCGUCGAGGUCAUUACGAGAAAGGAACCGGCCGACGCGUGGGCGCGCGUCCACCCCGUGCCGCGGCGCUACGCGGACGGGGGCUAUGGACGAGCAUCACCCGUUGCGAAGACUCCUCAUUUCUCGAAAGGCGACCAGACAGGACUGUUAAAUGACCUCACGGACGAUGCGACGCGCGAGAGCGACGCGCCGUCCCAAUCAAGGCCUACAAUACCUUCCGGCCGCGGCGGCCACACGUUAACAACAUUAGGAGGUCGAAAGGAGUACGAGGCCGGCAACAUUUCUUUAGAUGAAUUAGGUGCCGCGUUCCUGUUCGGCGGCGCGGGCGACGGCUACGAGUGCGACGGCGCCGUCGGUGCGUCGUUCCGGUUGGGCGAACGGUUCGGCUACGAGAGCGCGGACGACAAUUGUGCGAGGAGGCAGGGCGAGACGAACGAAUUGUGGCGCUUAGAUACGGGUAUGUUGGAGUGGGAGCUCAUCCUCCCGGCCCGGAACCAGACGUGGCCAGCACCUCGGGAACGACACGUCGCUACUGUACUAGGUGGCAAGAUCGCCGUGUUCGGUGGUAUGCGCGACGAAUUCACGGAUCAGGCGCAUGCCUAUGAUGACUUAUGGUUAUUAGAUACGGGAAAACCGCAGAUACAGACGUGGGCCGGCACGCCUUCUUACUCGACCGUGGACGAGCCCAUCGAUCUACCGGACGCUGAUGUUUUGCAUUUCGACGUGAACGUCACGGCUGAUGAGGAGUGGUGCGUUAGGGAUGUGGACGUGCGCAUACGGUUGGAGCACCCCUGCGUCGAGAGCUUGUCCAUUGAAUUACUAGGACCGGGCCCCACGUCCGGGUCGUCCAAUUACUACAAACCUGUGGCCAACUCCUGGCCCGUCGUGUUACUCGCGCCGGACCACGAGGCGCCGUGUAGGAAAUUACAAUUGCCAGAAAAAGGUCGAGUGCAGGACUUCAGCAACCGAAGUGUAGAUGGCGACGUUUUUAAUACAUGGGGCUGGGCGGCGCACGGGUCGGCCUUGGGCGAGUACCCCUUCGACCCGGAGACUGGAGGGAGGACCAAGCAUGCCUGGGACGAGCCCCAGUGGCUGGAGUUCGAUGAUGACGCGAAGGUUGCCAUUGAUGAUCUAGAUCAUGCCAAGUUCAGCACCGGUGGGACGUAUCGACCCGUCGAUUCCUUAUCAGAAUUCGAGGGUGCGGUUGCAAACGGCAAGUGGACGUUGCGAAUUACGGACCACGGCGGGCCGCACAAAGCGACCUGGAACAUCUCCGAGUGGGAAUUAACCACGAGACUCGAGCUUUGUCAGAGAACUUAUCGAUGGGAGCACGUCAACAAUAGUCUUGGUCAGAGACCACCGGCCCGAGCCGGUAGUCUAGGCGUGUCCACGGGUGACCAGCUCUUUAUACUGGGAGGGCGGAACGCGACGGACCCGAACCCGACGCGGACACUAUUUAGAUACGAUCUGAUCACGAAUACCUGGGCUGAGCUCACGCCAGAACCCGACCACCCGCGCGCGUACUCGCCUUUAGGAAAAGCUGCCGUAUUAACACCGUGGGGCGUCUACGCCUUCGGCGGCCUCGGCUUCGGCUUCACGGAGACGGGUGGCACACAAUCGUACUUUGACGGGCGGGUACAUUGGCUAGACAUCGUGAACCGACGAUGGUUUAGAGAUGUGGACGUAAAACCGCGGCCGCACCCCGGCAUCGUCCACCCGCCGCGGUCGCGCAACGGCAUCGCGGCGGAGGGCAUCGUCGAGCACCAGGCGAUUAUCGAGAGGGCGACGGCGCCCGCGGCGCCGCGGGCGCGCUACCGAGCUGCUCUAGCCUACGUCGACGAAGGCUUGGCGGACCACCUCGCGGCGUCGGAGGCGUCGCGGAGCGGCGCGGCGGCGCCGGGGUCCGUGGCGCCGCCCUCGUUGGUGAUGUUCGGUGGUGAUGAUGACGUGAUCGACCUUGACGACACGUGGCUCCUCAAGCUCGCGAACGCGUCGUUACGUGAUCCGGCGGACCCGCGCUUCGAGCUCCACUUAUCUCCCUCGAACCACUUCGCGUUCUGCGGGUGGCAGGUCCAGGGCACGGCCCAAAAACACUGGGACGAGCGGUGCGGCGCGGAGACGGACACGGGCAAGGUCUGCACGUUGCGGGAACUGAUCCAGCGGGCCUACUGCGUCGGGCAGUACCAGAGUUUGGGUAACUAUCCGCGGUAGUACUUUUUCUGUGCCCAGGAGGUCCCCAGGAGGUAUCACCGCGCGUCACCGAUCGUCCCGCAACCCGGAG